UUUAAACAUUUAGUCAAAGAUUAAAUAUAUUUGUUUUAUAUUAGAAAAAUGAAAGAAUUGAGAAAAUUAGUCUGGAUGAAUCAAUAAAUAAAAUAAAAGAACAUUUACAAUAGUAUAAUGAAUUAGAUUAAGAUUAAAAAGAGUUACAUUUGCCUAGAAUAUUGUAUAAUAUGAGGGAAUAAAUAGAUGGAGAAUUACCUUAGUUAGAAUAAAAGACAUAAAAAAAAGAAUGUAAUUAAAUAUAUUUUAUUUAUAAAUAGUUAGGAAUAUGGAAGAAAGAUUGGAAUAUGAGAGUGAAAUGAAAUAAUAUACAGGUAAAGCUUUGUUGAGUAUUCCAACAUUUGAAAAAACAUUAGUUCAUUAUAAUUGGGAUAAUCUGUAAUAAAUUCCCCAAAAAUUGUUAUUUUAAUAGUGA